UGUCUCUCUCUAUUUCUCUCCCACAAUAAAUCCCCCCACAACCCGCUCUCCACUUUCCACAAUCCCCUGUUUUCUCACACCAACAACAAUGGGCAUUACCAAAAUGCCACAGACGGCGGUGCUGAAGCAGAUGAUCAAGCGCUGCUCCAGCAUGGGGCGAAAGCAGCACCAGCACUACGACGACUUAGCGGGGCUCCCUUUGGAUGUCCCCAAAGGACACUUCGUGGUGUACGUGGGCGAAAAUCGAAGCAGAUACAUCGUCCCCAUCACAUUUCUGAAUCAUCCUCAGUUUCAAAUCUUGCUCCAACAAGCCGCUGACGAAUUUGGGUUCGAUCAUGACAUGGGCCUCACCAUUCCCUGCGAUGAACACUCCUUUCAGUCCCUAACUUCCACGCUUAGAUGAAGUAUUACUAUCUUAUUAUUAUUAGAAUAUAUAUCAUAGGCUUAGUUUCCUUUUUGUUCUGGCCAAAAUGAUGAAGCUGCACCACUGCUUCUCUGCCAUAUAACCUCUUCUUGUUUCUUAUUUUUAACAGUUGAUGGAGAAUUUGAAUGCCAGAAAAUGUGGGAUGAGUUUGAAAUUAAUUGUAAUUAGUUUUGGGGAAAUGAAAUUGUAAUUGCUUU